UCUAUUGUCUUAACUCCCCCAAUGCCACAGCCCUUCCUAGUUCCUUCUCUAUCACUCUCUCUCCCCGCUACAAAAAGCCGACAAUGAACCCACCGACCUGAACCUCCUCAUCCUCUCCGGUCACGUUCCCUCCCAAACCCUAAAAGCAAUCGCCCGAUAAACCUCUAAGCCUUCUUCUUACCCACUCCUUCUCGAUCGAUCCGAUUGCUUCCUCGUUCUUCUCGUCCACCUUUCUUUAUGCUUCCUCGGAAGAGAGCUGGUGGAGGAGAGGUUGCAGUAGAAGGAGAAGGGAGACCUAUCUGUAACGCCACCGAAUCGCUCAUCAAGAAGCACCGCAUCGAAACCGCUGCUGCGGCCACGGGAUCUCCCGCAACCACUACCGCCGUCAACGUAAACACCAACAGCAGCAACUCCGGCAACGCUAGCAGUAACAGCAACAGCGGCUCGUCGAUCAUGACUCUAGGAAACGGAAACCAGCAAUAUAUCGAUGAGGAUCUGCACAGCCGUCAGCUUGCUGUCUACGGCCGCGAGACUAUGCGAAGGCUGUUUGCUUCCAAUGUUCUAAUAUCCGGGAUGAAUGGACUCGGCGCUGAGAUUGCGAAGAACCUGGUUCUUGCUGGAGUCAAGUCUGUGACCUUACAUGAUGAAGGAGUGGUGGAGUUGUGGGACUUGUCUAGCAAUUUCGUCUUCACAGAACAAGAUGUUGGGAAGAACAGGGCUCUUGCUUGUAUCCAGAAGUUACAAGAACUAAACAACUCUGUGGUGAUUUCCACUUUAACUGGCCCACUCAAGAAGGAACAACUGUCUGAUUUCCAGGCUGUUGUAUUCACGGAUCUUAGUUUAGACAAGGCAAUUGAAUUCGAUGACUACUGCCACACUCAUCAACCUCCCAUUGCCUUCAUCAAGUCAGAAGUUCGGGGCCUUUUCGGUAGUGUGUUCUGUGAUUUCGGCCCUGAGUUUACUGUUUUUGAUGUGGAUGGUGAGGAUCCCCAUACAGGCAUAAUUGCUUCUAUCAGCAAUGACAACCCUGCGCUUAUAGCUUGCGUUGACGAUGAGAGGGUGGAGCUUCAAGAUGGUGACUUAGUUGUUUUCUCUGAGGUCGAUGGGAUGGCUGAACUCAAUGAUGGAAAGCCUAGGAAGGUUAAGAAUGCCAGACCCUAUUCAUUCAACAUAGAAGAGGACACCACAAAUUAUUCUACUUAUAUCAAAGGUGGCAUUGUCACACAAGUGAAGCAACCGAAGGUUUUGAAGUUCAAAACCCUGCGAGAUGCAAUCAAGAACCCUGGGGAUUUCCUUUUGAGCGACUUCUCCAAGUUUGAUCGUCCACCUCUCUUGCACUUGGCUUUCCUGACGCUGGAUAAGUUUGUUGCUGAGUUGGGCCGUUAUCCAGUUGCUGGGUCAGAGGAUGAUGCUCAGAGGUUCCUGUCAUUGUUUAAUAAUAUCAAUGAUAAUGCAGGUGAUGGAAAGCUUGAAGCAAUCAACCAAAAGAUUCUUCAUCAUUUUGCUUUUGGUGCAAGAGCUGUGCUGAAUCCCAUGGCUGCCAUGUUUGGUGGUAUUGUUGGACAGGAAGUUGUCAAGGCUUGCUCUGGGAAAUUCCACCCGCUAUUCCAGUUUUUCUACUUUGACUCGGUUGAGUCUCUUCCAACUGAGCCCUUGGAUCCCAAUGACCUGAAGCCCUUAAACAGUCGAUAUGAUGCACAAAUUUCAGUUUUUGGGGCAAAGCUUCAGAAGAAGCUUGAAGAUGCGAAAGUGUUCAUUGUGGGAUCUGGUGCCCUUGGCUGUGAGUUUCUGAAGAACUUAGCUUUGAUGGGGGUCUCGUGUGGAAAGCAAGGGAAGCUCACAGUCACAGAUGAUGAUGUUAUAGAAAAGAGUAACCUUAGCAGGCAGUUCCUUUUCCGAGAUUGGAACAUUGGACAAGCCAAAUCAACUGUUGCUGCAUCCGCUGCAUCUCUGAUAAACCCGAAUUUCAAUAUUGAAGCUCUGCAGAACCGUGCAAGUCCUGAAACUGAAUCUGUGUUUGAUGAUAAUUUCUGGGAGAACCUGACUGUGGUGAUCAAUGCCCUUGAUAAUGUGAAUGCUAGGCUCUAUAUUGACGGUAGAUGCUUGUAUUUCCAGAAGCCACUUCUUGAGUCUGGAACCUUAGGUGCCAAGUGCAACACUCAAAUGGUCAUCCCACAUCUGACUGAAAAUUAUGGUGCCUCACGUGACCCGCCUGAGAAGCAAGCCCCCAUGUGCACUGUUCACUCAUUUCCCCACAACAUAGACCACUGCUUGACAUGGGCUCGUUCUGAAUUUGAGGGUUUGCUUGAGAAGACUCCUGCAGAGGUAAAUGCUUUCCUGUUGGCUCCCAAGGAGUAUGCCUCUGCAAUGAAAAAUGCAGGUGAUGCCCAGGCAAAGGACAACUUGGAAAGGGUUCUUGAAUGUCUUGAGAAGGAGCGAUGCGUGGAGUUCCAGGACUGCAUCACUUGGGCUCGUCUGAAAUUUGAAGACUAUUUUGUCAACCGUGUGAAACAGCUGACGUUCACUUUUCCUGAAGAUGCAGUAACAAGCAGCGGAACCCCGUUCUGGUCUGCUCCUAAGCGUUUCCCUCGCCCGCUUCAGUUCUCUACUGAUGAUAUGAGCCACCUACAUUUCGUUAUGGCUGGAGCCAUCUUACGUGCAGAAAUCUUUGGGAUUCCACUGCCUGACUGGGUUAAGUCUCCAGCCAAGAUAGCUGAUGCUAUUAACAGAGUUAUAGUGCCAGAUUUCGAGCCGAAGAAAGGUGUGAAGAUUGAGACAGAUGAGAAAGCAACAAAUGUUUCUACCUCGUCAAUCGAUGAUGCGAAAGCUAUUGAUGAGCUGAUUUUAAAGUUGGAAACAUGCAGGCAGCAGCUAGUGCCAGGAUUCAAAAUGGCUCCCAUUCAAUUUGAAAAGGAUGAUGACACGAACUAUCAUAUGGACCUGAUAGCUGGACUGGCCAACAUGAGGGCAAGGAACUAUGGCAUUCCAGAAGUGGACAAACUCAAGGCCAAGUUCAUUGCCGGCAGGAUCAUACCAGCCAUUGCAACAUCCACCGCCAUGGCAACCGGUCUUGUCUGCCUGGAGCUUUACAAGGUUCUGGAUACACAGCACAAGCUGGAGGACUACAGAAACAGCUUUGCCAAUCUGGCCCUUCCUCUCUUCUCCAUUGCCGAGCCGGUCCCACCGAAGGUGAUCAAGCAUCAGGACAUGAGCUGGACAGUUUGGGACAGAUGGAUUCUCAAGAACAAUCCAACUCUCAAGGAGCUUCUCGAGUGGCUGAAGAAGAAGGGCUUGAAUGCUUACAGUAUCUCGUACGGAAGCUGCCUGCUGUACAACAGCAUGUUCCUUAGGCACAAAGAUCGAAUGGACAAGAGGAUGGUCGAUCUCGCUAGGGAAGUAGCGCGUGCUGAGCUGCCUUCUUACCGUUGUCACUUUGAUGUUGUUGUUGCCUGCGAAGAUGAAGAGGACAACGACAUCGAUAUUCCGCAGGUCUCUAUUUACUUUAGGUAGAUCGUUUAAGAAACCAACCGGGAAAAGAAUACUACUACUAUUACUACUACAAGAUUCCCUCAGCGGAUAGACGAAACACCUUCUGUCGAUACAUUUCCCAGAGAGUUACCGAUUCUAUGAACACUUGGACAGUUUUAUUUCUGCUUCUCUUGUGCGUGCUGUUGUCGGCCUGUGCCUUUGCCGUCUAGCUCGAAGAAGUGUACUCUCUAUCUCUUUCAGUAGAAGACGUAAGUUAUUUUUACGUUUAUAGCUGUUCUCAUCUCGUUUGAGAAAAGGAAUUUUCAGUUGUGAUUGCAUAUCUCGUUUGAAGACGUAGCAAGCCAUUGAUAAACCCUGGCUUGCGUUUCAAGUUCUCUCCACUAGGGGUGUGCAAUGGGUCUGCGUCUUCCUGCUGUCGCCUGGUUCAUCGAGCCAUCAUUGUCUGGUUUGACAACCGGCGACCCCCCCAUAUCGCCUGAGAAGGAAGAGAGAUGAAGGGACGCCGGAAAAGAAACGAAAAAGGAGAAGUGGGUGGGAGACACAAAAUUGUUAUUAUAUUAUCUAUUUUGAAUUUAGAAUUAUGAUGUGGCUGAGUACAUGGCAUAUAUGUGUCCGCCUUUGUUUUCAGAAUCGGACUAGAGGUUCAACCGAAAAAGUUAGUGGUUUAGGGUUCAGUGAUUUACCUAUAAAAUCGUUUGUUUUCAGAACCGGACUAGAGGCUCAACUGAAAAAGUUAGUGAUUUAGGGUUCAGUGGUUAACCGUUAUAAAAUCGUUGGUGAACUGUUCAUGAUAUAUAACAUAUAAGAAUGAAGGUAUCAUUGACCAUAAACAAUUUCAAAUUCA